CUCCAGAAACGGUGCGGCAUUCACGACGUCGUGUGUAACAGCACGCGUGACAUAUACGUUUACUUUACGCACGUCGAGAUCAGUGCCAUAGAAACGAAUAAAGUCUGAGCUCCGGUGCGACGAUGUCCACGUCUUCGUGGAGAUGACCGGGUCGGUUCGCCGGCUUGUCGCGUCCAGUGUCGAAAGAUGUGACUGCUCGGACGAUCAAGUGUCAUCGGGGCGACACUGCACAUCCUUCCUUUCUUCCUACGAUAGUAGGAGCGCGCGAAGAGGCGACCGGUGAAAUUAAAACCGCGUGAGCGCCGGAGCUGGCACGAGUGAUGGCGGUCACGGCGAGCUCCUUCGACGCCUGGCUCAGCAAGAAGCUGCAGGCGCUCAACACGGACGAGGGUGUCUUUGGCACGUACAUUAAAGGCAUCCUCGAAGGUGAUGAAACCGAGGACGAGAAGACCGAGGCGCUUGAGAGCAUACUCGCGGGCAUAACGGAAGAUAAUAUCGGCAAACAUGUAGCAGAAAUCUUAAGCGCGUGGGCAGAGUGGUUGCCAACUGAGGAAGUCGCCGCAGCACCUGCACCGAUGGAAGACGUUGAUGUUAGACUGGCAAAAAUGCUGGAAUCGCAGAGUCUACCCACGACAACCCAGAGGAGCUAUACAGAGGAAGAGAAACGAAUACGGGAGGCUAUACUAGCACAAUACAGUCAAAUGUCUGAUGAAGACAACAGCGAAGGAGAUGGAGAAGAGGAUGGAGCAGGUGGUGGAGAUUGUGGAAUCGAAAAGAAUUUGAACGCAGCUACCAUUGUACAGCAGGAAAGAGAAAAAAGAGAAAAGGCCAAGCUGGAGAGUCAAAAGAAGAAAGAAAAGGACAAGGAAGACAGAGAGAAACAAAAACAAUUAAAAGAAGAGAAAAAGGAGAAGAGAAAAACUCAAAAGGGAGAAAGACGGAGGUAGCAUCGAAACAAAAGUGUUGGGAGACUUACUUUGAGAUUACAUAUAUGCUGUGGUAUUCAUGUAUGUCUAUCUAUAUUGUCGUGCAUGCAACGAUCUCCGACAGUUAUUUAAACCAGUAUCAUCGAUCUUAUAUUUUCAUUAGAAGAAUAUGUGUGUAGCAUCCAUCUGUCGUUAGAAGACGAACUCAGAUUCAGUACGAAUGCAUAUAUCAAAAAGCAGUACAUGUAAUGUUAAAUCA